AUGUGUCUCCACUGGGAGGCAGACUCUUCGCCACUGAGCUACCGUGAAACCGUUAGUAUCACCUCCCUGAGCCGCCGCACCGCGUGGCCGGGAGGAGCGACCCGAGACCAGGGAGCGGCGGCUGCGCGGGAGGGCCGAGCGCAGCCGCUCCCCGCUCAGGGUCAGGAGGCGCGGCCGCGAGAAGAUGCCCCUCGCCAAGGUGAGCAGCAGCGGCUGCGCUUCGCUGGAGCGGCCGUGAAGAGGCACCCCGCGUCCAAGGUUUACAACUGCGCUAAAGCGCACACUAAAUCCUCGGUGAGGGAUGGCACACCCAGGCGGGAAACCUGCCGCUUCGCGCUCCCAUGCCGCGAACUGCCAGCACACGGACGGCUGGCGCAGGCGCGUCCCGAGGGCGGCCUUAUCAGAACAGCGCAGUCCGGUCCUGGCGGCUGUGUCCGCGCGGUGCCGAGACGCUUACAUGCUCCGGGACCCGGGCUCCUCCUCCUGCUCUGCGGCUGCUACCUGAUGAUUCUCUGUGUCUAA